AUGAUUCGUUUCAGAGUCAGACGAGGUGUCACGAGAGGGCUCAUUCAAACCCUGGAAGCUCGAAGAACGUCUCGAUCGUCACCUCCCCUGUCGAGGACAGCCGUAACCUCAACGUUCAAGCGCCCUCAAGGCCAUUUUCAAUUCACUUUCAGCCGCUUCAGGAGCUCCGACGCUGUGUUCAAACGCCACGCCUCCACCUCUGGGGACGCCCCUCCAAAACCGUCACGGCUGAUCGAUUUCCUUGUGGGUGCUACCCUUGUGCUGGGCGCUGGUAUCUUCUACUUCUACAUCACAGACACGCGUGCAAGCGCACAUCGCUACAUCGUGAUCCCGACUCUAAGGUUAUUUUACCCUGAUCCAGAAGAUGCUCAUCAGGCCGGCAAUCACAUUCUCAAAGCACUCUGGGAGUUUGGACUCCACCCCCGCGAACGCGGCGAUUCUGAUGCGAACAAGGACCUUGAAGUGGAGGUCUUUGGACAGCUUCUCCGAAACCCUAUUGCUACUUCCGCCGGCAUAGACAAACAAGCCGAGAUACCAGAUGCUCUCUUUGAAAUUGGCCCUGCCAUUAUCGAAAUUGGUGGUACCACUCCCAUGCCACAAGACGGAAACGAAAAGCCUCGGGUGUUUCGGUUGACCUCACAACAAGCGAUGAUCAACCGAUAUGGUUUGAACUCUGAGGGUGCCGACUACGUCGCUAUGAAACUUCGCAAUAGGGUCAGGAAAUUUGCGCACUCACUGGGACUCGGUCGAGACGAGAUUGCAGAGAAGGCAGUGCUGGACGGCAUUGCCGGUGUGCCUCCGGGGAGCCUGACUUCGGGGAAAUUGCUUGCUGUUAAUAUUGCCAAAAACAAGUUCACACCAGAAAACGACGUGGAGGCUGUGACGAAGGAUUACGUCUACUGUGUUGAGACCCUCGGCCCUUAUGCCGACAUUCUCGUCGUCAAUGUCUCCAGCCCGAACACCCCUGGUCUUCGGUCUUUGCAAGAAGGAGACAAACUAAAGAGGAUAUUGGGCGGCGUGGUUGAAGCGGCCCAUAAAGUAGAAAGGCGGACACGGCCUUUUGUCAUGGUAAAGGUCAGUCCGGACGAAGACUCAGAUGAACAGAUUGCUGGGAUAUGUGACGCUGUUUGGGCUAGCGGAGUGGAUGGAGUGGUAGUUGGAAAUACCACUAACCGUCGCCCCCAGGCGUUAUCCCAAUUCAAAAGCUAUUCACCGGUGGAGCAGCAAAAUAUGCUUGAGAGGGGCGGGUUUUCCGGACCUCACCUCUUCGAACGUGUCACUGCUUUGGUGAAGAAAUAUAGGAAACAAUUGGCAGAGAGACCCCCGUCCACUCGAAAACCAGAUUCACUACCUGCUGGGAAGGGGGCGUUAGAAGCUGAAGCGGACGCUAUCAGAGUCAGCCUCGCAGCUAGAACCACUGACACGGGGGCCGACAUCCUGCCAGAGACAGACUCCGACAAGGUCACUGCGUCUGUCGACAGCGGUGUCGUUCCAGUUAAUGGCAUGAUCCAGGAAGGUGGUUCAGCCCAGCAACCGCUAAUCAACCUUCCGACUGAUCGCCGUUUCGACAAGUCGCCAGCAGAAGAGGACAAUCCGCAGGUCGAGGAGGUCCCUCCUCCCGACCCGGGUGUGCGUGAUGCAGUAGAGAGACGGCAGCUCAGGUCCAUUCAGGAGGCUAUUGAGAGGCUUCCUCCCAAGGCGCAGCGUGAUGCUCUGGAGCGGCUUGAAUCUCCUCCACCACAUCUGGGUCUGCUAGAUCAGCCCAAGGUCAUAUUUGCAACUGGGGGUAUCACCAACGGCAAACAAGCACUUGAAGUGCUCAACGCAGGUGCGAAUGUGGCAAUGGUCUAUACUGCCUUGGUAUAUGGAGGCAUCGGCACCAUCUCGCGAAUCAAAGACGAGAUGCGUGAGGAAAUGGUAAGACAGGCCCAGCAAAAGCGUGCAAUGAGUUCAAAAUGA